CGUGGGAGUUUCUAAUUGCAAAUUCGAAUUCGAAUACAAAUCUCUAACAAAUCGACAGCGUAUAAAAGCUUGGAGCACUGCAGCAACGGAAGUUAGUUAACGGAAGCAAUGUGGGCUAAACAACAAAAGUAUUUGCUGCUAGUGUUGGCACUGCUGCCACUUAGCUGGGCAUUGGAGUCGAAGGAGCUGGAGCCACUGCAGCGACAGAAGCGCGCACUUACAACAAUUUGCGUGGAGAUUAAGCCCAGCGGACCGCAAGAGGAGCCUUACUUUAUGUGCAAGGGCACAGAGUUUCCAAGAGGCAGUGCCGUUGCGCCUCAAGCACAACCGGAGCAGCUGCCUCCGCCUGCCAGCUAUGCCAACUAUCAACAGCAUGCGUUUCCUGGCUAUGGCGGGUUUUUUCCCCAGCAGCUGUCACCGCCGCCGCCAGCGCCAGCGUCGUCAUAUAGCCAACAAUCUCAUCAAUCCACUGCGAGUGCAUCUGGAGCGCAGCCAUAUGGCCUGCCAGCAAUUUCUUAUGCAACUGCAGGCGGCGCAGCAGCAGCUGCACAUGGAACUGCAGCGAGUCCAAGCGCAACGGCCACGCCCACUACAUAUGCUGAUGCAGCGCCUACGAAGCCGUCGCCGAGCCCGCAAAGCUAUGAAUCCGUUGUAGGCAGUCGCCAUCAGCCAGGCAUGGACGUGGACUUGAUGCAGCUGCCCAAUGUGGGUUUUCGCCCCGAGGAGCUGCAGCGUCCAGAGCCAUUUGUAGGCGCUGCCUGGCCUCAAGCUAUGCCACAAGCUAGACAGGACUAUCUUGAUGAUCCCAUUAUGCGCACUUUCUAUGCCAGUCUGGAGCCGCAAGUGGAGCAGGCGGUGGCUAUGCCACAUGCAGCGCCACUAGAAGCAGCAGAGCCACCAGCACUAGCACAACAGCCGCCCAGCUAUGCGCCAACCACAGCUCCAGCUGCAGCGCCAGUCAUGCCCUUGGACAGCAGUGGCUGCAACUCUUGCCAACGCUCCUGCGCCGAUGCCAGCAAUGGCUAUGCCGCGCCAGCUGCUGCGCCCUGUCCCAGCUACCAGCCCGUCAUCAUAGCCAUGCCCUGCUAUGGACAACAGCAGCCAACGCAUUAUCUAGCCGUGCCCAACUCUGCGCCGCGGGAACAACUUGUUGGUGCGCCUUGGGCCUUGGGCAUGGGCAUGCAGCAGGCGCAGCAACCUCAGCUGGGCGCUGCUUACGGCAUGAAUCCGCAGGUGGGCGCACCCUUUGGCCUCGGACCCUUGAUGAAUCCCUUUGGCGCCUUUGGUCAUCUCAAUCCAUUCAAUCCGUUCAAUCGCAUGUUGGGCGCAGCUAAUCCGCAGCCUGGCUUGAGACUCUUUGGCAAAGCUUUCGAGCCCAGCACCAGCACUGAAGCAGCCAUGCCCAAGCCAACGACUACGCCAAUGAUGCUAGGAGCAGCUGCAGCAACCACCACAACGUCCAAGCCAGCAGCAACAAGCACAACUGAAGGCAGCGUAGGCGCUGCCUUUGAUGCUGGUGAAGAUUCCGCAGAGCAGGAUGCUGAAGAUGCUGAAGCUGAUGAGGAUGAUGCCACCGAAACUGCCAAUGCCAGCACCACUGAAGAUGCAGAAGAUGCCUCCAAGUCGGUGGAAGCGAAGGGCGCCACCGUGGAGCAAAUGAUCAGCAAGAGCGAGUCGAAGCUGAAGCAGGACAAGCGCAAGCGUCACAAUUCCCGCUACAGCAGCAACAAUCCACAGAAGCGCAAAUAUCUGCAGCGCUUAUAG